AUGGCGGCCAAAGGAGUCCGUCAGAGAAACAGACGGGGAAGCAAACAAGAUACAAACAGCACUAACAGUCCCAGUGUCGGUGAAAAUAAGACAGCAAAGGAGGAAAAGAGCUCAGAGGAGAGCAAAAACAACGAUUUAUUAAAUGAGUCCUCCAGUAAGGCGGGCCAGGUUUGGGCUCCCGAGGGCUCCACCGCUUUCAAGUGCCUGUUGUCGGCUCGCUUCUGCGCGGCUCUGCUCAGCAACAUCUCAGACUGCGAUGAGACCUUCAACUAUUGGGAGCCGACUCAUUACCUGCUGUAUGGAAAAGGGAUGCAGACAUGGGAGUAUUCACCAGCCUACGCCAUUCGCUCCUAUGCGUACCUGUGGUUACACGCCCUUCCUGCCUGCUUUCACGCCAAGAUACUGCAGACCAACAAGGUCCUUGUGUUCUACUUUCUCCGCUGCGUGUUAGCGUUUGCCUGCUGUGUGUGUGAACUCUACUUCUACAAGGCUGUGUGUAAGAAGUUCGGCCUGCACGUCGCCCGCCUCAUGCUUGCCUUCCUGGUUCUAAGUGCGGGGAUGUUCUGCUCCUCUGCAGCUUUCCUGCCCAGCACUUUCUGCAUGUACAGCACAGUGGUCGCGAUGACUGGCUGGUUCCAAGGGCAGCCCAGUCUGGCCAUACUGGGCGUGGCGGCAGGUGCUAUUGUUGGUUGGCCCUUUAGUGCUCUGCUCGGGUUUCCUAUUGCUUAUGACUUUCUCCUGAUUAAGAAAAACUGGAAAAGCUUUAUUCUGUGGACACUGGUGGCUCUGGUGCUCUUUCUGGUGCCUGUUGUUGUGGUGGACAGUUAUUACUACGGCAAGCUGGUCAUCGCACCUCUUAAUAUAAUACUGUACAACAUGUUCACUCCUCACGGGCCGGAUCUCUACGGUACUGAGCCAUGGCAUUACUAUUUCAUCAACAGUUUCCUGAACUUCAACAUCGUGUUCGUUUUGGCUCUGUUCUCUCUUCCACUCACGGCUCUGAUGGAGGGGCUGCUUCAGCGCUUCAACGUGCAGAACCUCGGCCGUCCCUACUGGCUGACCCUGUCGCCCAUGUACCUCUGGAUGCUGGUGUUCUUCACCCGGCCUCACAAGGAGGAACGCUUCCUGUUUCCCAUCUACCCCCUGAUCUGCCUGUGUGGCGCCGUAGCCCUCUCCUCUCUUCAGAAAUGCUACCACUUCAUGUUCCAGCGCUAUCGUUUAGAGCACUACACCAUCUCCUCCAACUGGCUGGCCCUGGCCUCUGUUUUUCUGUUCGGUGUGCUCUCUCUCUCCCGCUCGGUGGCUCUCUUCCAAGGUUACCACGCGCCUCUAGACCUGUAUCCCGAAUUCCACCGCAUCGCUAAGGACCCGUCCAUCCACGCGGUGCUCGAGGGCAGGCCGGUAAACGUGUGUGUAGGCAAGGAGUGGCAUCGCUUCCCCAGCAGCUUCCUGCUGCCCAACAACUGGCAGUUGCAGUUCAUUCAGUCGGAGUUCAGGGGGCAGCUGCCGAAACCCUUCGCUUUAGGUCCGGAUGCCACCCGUCUGAUCCCCACAGACAUGAACGACCAGAAUCUUGAAGAGCUGUCCCGUUAUGUGGAUCUGAAGCAGUGCCAUUAUCUGGUGGAUUUGGCCACAGAUACAGAAACUCCACGAGAACCACGGUACGCGGCUAACAAAGACGAGUGGAGCAUCGUUGCAGAAAAACCUUUUCUAGAUGCUUCAAAGUCAUCCAGGUUCUUCAGGGCGUUCUUCGUUCCUUUCCUAUCUGAACACUACACCGCCUACAGCAGAUACGUCAUCCUCAAACCCCGGCGAGCGAAACACAGCAGGAGACGAACGCAACACUAACACCUUGCUUUGUUUUUUUCCUUCCUCACUGUUGCGUUUCUUUAUUUUCUUCUUCUUUUAGAAGAUUUUCUGCAAAAUGAACAUUCAUUUCCUCAGUAACAGCAUGGAUACAUAAGCCAUUUUGCACACUGUUAAACCAUUCCAUCCAUCCAUCUUCACCAUAGUGCUGCAGACCUUUAACACAACAGGACCCUCAUUUCAGGUUCAGCAUUCCCUUUAAGAUCCCUUCUUUUGUCGUUCCGUCUACUCGAGCUGGUCUUGGACAAUGCACUGAACUCGCACCAGGUCUCACUUUACAUCUGUCGCCUUGUCAGUCUCAAGUCUUAGUGGAAUACGUGGAUUUGUGUGUGCUGAGUGUGACCCUGGUCCCAUCACAUUGCGAAAAAAAACUAUAUUUUUUUGUUUGAACAAGCAGCAGGAAUUACGGGCCAGGGUGUCAGUGGGCAAGUUGGUGUCAGUGAUGUCAUGUCUCGUCCAGAUAAAGAAUCAUAUCGGUGUUUUUGAUGGAGUGAAAUAAAGAGUGUCUUGAUAA